AUGCAAACGAGGAAGUCGGAUGUGGGCGUGGCUUUGGUGGAAAGGCGGUGCGGGCUGUGGGUUCUGAGCCCCCGCACCCAGCAGACAUCAGCGCUGCGCAUCGCGGCCGCCCGCGGUUACGAGGAAUGCGCCCGGCACCUGCUGCUGUGCGGGGCGGAGGUGGAUGCCGUGGUGGGCGGGCGGGGGGCUCUGCACGACAGCGUGGCCGCCCCCCGACCCUCAAGCGCCCGCCUGCUGCUGUCCUUCGGUGCCGACCCCAACCUGCUCAGCUCGGACGGCAGCGCUCCGCUGCACCUCUGCACGGCGCCCGACAGCCUGCAGUGCGCGGAGCUGCUGCUGGCCCACGGCGCUCGGGUGAACCUGGCGACGCGGGAGCGCGCACUGACGGCGCUGCACGUGGCCGCGGGGCGGGGCUUGGCGGAGCACGUGGGGCUGUACCUGCGGCACGGCGCCGACCCCGCGCUGCGCAGCCGCCAGGGCGAAACCCCCCUGAACGCCGCCUGCUCCGGAGCCGAGCGGCCCCGCGAUGCCCCCGCGUAUUGCCUGGUAGCCGAACGGCUGCUGGCCGCCGGAGCGGAUCCCGCGGUCGCGGGGCGGAAAGGCCACACUCCCCUCCACAACGCCUGCGGGAACGCGCAGCACGAACUGGCGCGGCUGCUGCUGCGGCACGGCGCCGACCCCACGGCGACCAACGGAGCCGGCGAUACCCCCAUGGACUGCGCGCUGAGGGCCGUCCCGGAGUACCGCCGGCACCGCCCCGAGAGCAUCAUUGCGCUGCUGCUGGAGCACGGAGCCGGGCCUGUGCGGCCCAAGAUGCUGAAGUUCUGCUGCACGCACCCCCCGGCUCUGGAGCUGCUGCUCAACGCCUACGACCGCAUCCCCCCCCCCGACACGUGGCUGGAGGCCGUUCCGCCGGAGCUGUGGGAGGAGCACCACGAGUUCUACACGUCGGCCGUGCGCAUGGCGGGGCAGCCCCGGCGCCUGCAGCACCUGGCGCGCUGUGCCCUGCGGCGGCAGCUGGGCGCCCGCUGUCACACCGCUGUCCCCGCGCUGUCGCUGCCGCCCGCGCUGCGCCGUUACCUGCAGCUGCCGCUGGAGGGAAUCAUUUCCUGAGGUCCGGCUGCGGGGCGGGGAGGGGCGGCGGGCCGGUGUCACCCCCCUCCCCCCCUUGGUGUCUCAGCGCGCACCGUUCCCUCCGUGGGUCCGCGGCAAUAAAGGAGGUGUGGAAGCG